CAAAGCUUUCAGUAGUAAUUUGGUAAUUGUUACGGCUGGAAGUGAUUUUAGAUUCAAACUAGAUUAAAAUGAGUGAAAAAAUCGUUCUCUACGGCUUCGAGAGAAGUCCACCAGUACGCGCUGUCUUACUCACAUUGAAGGCGUUGAAUUUGGAUUUCGAGCACGUGCCGGUAAAUACAUAUUUAGGUGAACAAAAGUCCGAAGAGUACUUGAAAAAGAAUCCAUCGCAUACAGUGCCGUUACUCGAAGUUGAUGGCAAAUAUAUAUCCGAUUCGCACGCUAUCAUUGCCUUCUUGGCCAGCAAAUAUGGCAAAGAUGAUUCGCUCUAUCCGAAGGAUCUCUUUCAACGCGCCAUUGUCGAUCAACGUUUGCACUAUGAGAAUGGCGUUGUCUUUCAGGAAACUUUAAAACAACGUUUGCGUCCAUUGUCGAUGUGCGAAGUGUCACAAGAGGUGGCUGACGAAGCAAUUAAGGCCGUUGGCGAUGUAUAUACCGUGCUGGAGGCUUAUCUCAACCAAAAUAAAUUUAUAGCUGCAGAUCAUUUAACCAUCGCUGAUCUCAGUCUCCUGUCAACGGUCUCUGUUAUGAAUAUAGUUGUGCCAGUAGAUGCUGGAAAGUGGCCGAAGUUGGCUGCGUGGUUGGUGGAAUUGAAGCAAUUGCCUUAUUAUGAGCAGGCCAACGCGAAGGGUUUGAAAGAAAUCGAGGAAUUGCUUAAGCCGGCGUUGGCGAAGUACAAGAAAUAAGUAAUAGCCGUUCUCACGACA